AUGACCGAUCCAGUUGAAACCCGUAAGCUUAUCUGGGGCACCACUGUCAACAUCGAAUCCUCCAUGGCAAUGUUUCGUGACUUUAUUCUCAAUUUUACUAUUGCCCACAAGCUUGAAGGCACGGCUGAUGCAGUGAUUACUGACGCUGAUCGCAUGCCGUUUUAUGAUCGGCUACUGCGUCAUCUUAAUACAAAUGACGUCCACGAUAUGAACCUUGACUGCACCAAUCUUGAAGCAUAUCCGCCUGCUCGUCGUCUGUAUCAGCAACUUGUCAGGUAUCCGCAGGAAAUCAUUCCACUCAUGGAUCAUACUCUUACAGACAUUUAUCUGGAAAAAUUUGAAGACUCGGACCUUCCAAUGGGUUCCACUAUGCGCGUUCGUCCUUUCAACAUUCAACGCACUGUUAAUUUGCGAGAACUUAAUCCUUCUGAUAUUGAUCAGCUGGUUACCAUCAAGGGAUUGCUCAUUCGAAGCUCGCCUGUCCUCCCGGAUUUGAAAGAUGCCUUCUUUCGCUGUACGUCUUGCGACUGUUCUGUCGAAGUGAAUAAUGACCGUGGUCAGAUUCGUGAGCCAACAGUGUGCCCUUCCAAUGAGUGUAAAAUGAAGAAUUCCAUGCAAUUAAUCCAUAAUCGCUGCUUGUUUUCUGAUAAGCAAAUUUGCAGACUUCAAGAAACACCAGAUCAAACCCCGGAUGGCCAAACGCCAUAUACUGUUUCCCUUUGUGUUUAUGAUGAUCUCGUAGAUGUUGGAAAGCCCGGUGAUAGAAUGGAGGUGACUGGUAUUUUCCGUGGUGUUCCUGUUAGAACCAAUCCUCGCCGUAGAUCUGUCAAAGCUCUAUUCAAGACGUACCUUGAUGUUGUUCAUAUUAAACGAACAGAUAAAAAGCGGCUAGGUGUUGAUAAGAGUAUUGGUGCCGAGAAUGAUAUGGAAAACAGCUUUGAAGAGACCGAUGAUAUUCAGGAUCAGGAUGUAUCGGACAAUACUGAAGAAGAGAUUCUAAAAUUGGGAUCUAGAACUGACCUGUAUGAGAUUCUGUCGCGUUCCAUUGCCCCCUCCAUUUUUGGAAUGGAAGAUGUUAAAAAGGGGACACUGCUACAGCUCUUUGGAGGCGCUCACAAAUUUUCCAAGUCUAACAAAAGCACACCUCGCAUCAGAGGCGAUAUUAAUAUUCUGCUUGUUGGCGAUCCUGGUGUCAGUAAAUCUCAGUUGCUGAGCUAUGUUCACAAACUUGCUCCUCGUGGUAUUUAUACAUCUGGUAAAGGUUCUUCUGCUGUUGGUCUUACCGCAUAUGUUACUCGCGAUCCAGAAACUAGACAGCUUGUGUUGGAAAGUGGUGCACUAGUACUUUCUGAUGGUGGUAUCUGCUGCAUUGACGAGUUUGAUAAAAUGUCAGACCAUACUCGUUCUGUGCUUCACGAAGUCAUGGAACAACAAACUAUAUCUGUAGCCAAAGCUGGUAUUAUUACCACGCUCAAUGCUCGCACAUCUAUUCUUGCAUGUGCAAAUCCCAUCAACUCCAAGUUUGAUCCCAAUCUAUCUGUUCCAGAAAAUGUGAAUUUGCCACCACCGCUCAUGUCCAGAUUUGAUUUGCUGUAUUUGAUUUUGGACAAGCCUAGCGAGCGUGAUGAUCGUCGUCUAGCUCAGCAUCUUGUUAGCAUGUAUCUGCAUGUUCGACCAGAUAUUUCCAAGACUGAUUUUGUUCCUUUAGAACUGUUUACUAAAUACAUCAACUAUGCCAAAAACCGUAUUGAACCCCGUAUCACUGAGGAAGCUGGUCAAGCCCUUCUCAAUUUUUAUGUUUCCAUGAGGAAAUCUGGCAGUCACGGAGGCUCAAACGUUGUUGUAUUUACUACUAGACAGCUUGAAAGCAUGAUCCGCUUGUCAGAAGCACAUGCUAAAAUGAGGCUUUCAGUUACUGUAGAUCGUCAGGAUGUUGAAGAAGCCAAUAGACUUGUUCUAUCUGCCUUGCAAACUGCUGCCAUUGAUCCACGAACUGGUCGACUAGAUCUUGAUCUUGUUACAACUGGAAUCAGUGCAUGGGGUCGUAAAGUUCAUGAUCAAAAGCGUAGCGCACUUCGUCUGAUGCUUCAAGAGUCUGAAAAGUCGGUGCUAGCAUGGCCAGAAACCUAUCGUUUGUUCACGGAGCAAUCUGACGAGAAGAUCAAUGAAACAGAAUUUAACAAUAUAUUGCGGGAUCUGAUUGAUGAAGGUUACAUUCAUGUAUCUGGACGUAACAACACCAACAAGAUCAUUCGUAAAUUAGGAGUCUAG